CAAAGGGUUGAUGUUUGCAGAUGGUCUUAGGCUUGUGAUCACCCCGGUUGAGAUUUCCACUCCAGGAAAAGCAGGAACGUUGAGCAUACGGUGCAGCAUCAAGUGAGUUUCCUUUUAUAAGCAACCAAGUGAGAUUCCUUUUAUCUGUUGCCGACUGCUUCGAGUUGAAGUGAAUAUAUUCAUGUGGGACCGGAAGCACUACAAAUGAAUGGAUCCGAUGGUUUGCGAAAAUGACUCAUUGAAGGAUUAAUAAUAAGGUGCUUUUCCCAUUCUGGUGAAGAAGAUAGUGAAGAAUUUUAAAUCCGAGAACGUGAGCUACUGCGAAAAGUGAUUCCGAAUAAAAAAGUGAUAUUCAUGCAAAGACUGUUUGCAAAGUGAAAAAAGUAAUUUAAUUUGUGACAAAGGUUUGCGGAAAACUGAUAACAAAAUGCCAGGUGAAUCGUGUAGGCAUUCAAGCGCGAAAAUUGAUACCAGAUGCACAAGUGACUAUGUUGUCUACCACAGUGUUGACGCUAUAAAUUAAUUUUGAGCGUAGUUAUAGAAGCGGAUUUUUUGUACAGUCAAAGGAGGCCCAAACUACUGCGCGUAGCCAUGUGUAAGGACACUAAAGCCAUGACAAUGAUAACGAUGACAACGAAUGCCCCGCGGUCGAGUUCCUAGAUCAACACUAGAAGCAUUUCGGGGUCUGCCGUGGAAGAAAUAACGACCGCGCAAAACAAUCCAAGCAGCAACGGUCCAAGAGGCAUAGCCAACCGGGACAAAUUAGUGACCGAGUGUGGGAAACUCAUUCUCGCUGCGGAACCGAAGGUUUCAUUUCCUCGUCCGGUCGGGGCACAAACAUUCAGCCGCUUAACCCUGGUGUUACAGCAGGAUUGUUGUCACAUCGAACGUAGUUCAGUUUCAAUCGAACGGGGGACGGUUAACCGUUGCAAUGAAGGGCGUACUGAUACUGUGCUUCCAUGUUCUGAUGCUUAGCUUUCGGGCCAAGGCAUGGCAAGCGGUGAGGAAUCCGUUCGAGUUCAGUAAACCACCGGAGAAGAUCAUCCAAGUGACAGACUGCAUGCACGUGACAUCCGAGGAGGGUGAGUUUUUCUUCAAACGCACGGCCCCGAUUGUCGGCACUCCCAAACACGGCCGCCUGGUGGAUAUCCUGACCAUGUCACCGGCAAUGGAAGUGUGUGGGGUGUACUUCGUUACCGAUCCGGACAAGCUGGUGGAAGUCACGGUGAAGCGAAUGGAUGUCAACUGCGACACGGGUGGGCUGAUGUCCUUUGUCGACGGUUGGGAGCUGAACGGGAUGUACUUUCCCACCGAAUAUGAUCACCCGAAGAGCAUGGAGAAGCGCAUCAGCGAGUUCUGCAAUGACCCCAAGAUGUGGCCGUACAGUCCGGUGCGGAAGGCUUUCCGGUCGAGCCAGAACGCAGCGCUGGUGCAGUAUCGAAUACCGAUCAGUGGCUCGUUUACGUUGUCGGUGCGGUAUUUGAACAAUCCGGACCCUUGCAACAUAAUGGCGGAAGGAGUAGCACCUUUCUACACUAUCCGGAACCGUGGACUUCACCGAAAUUGCUCAGUAACAGCAGUUUUUCCAGCAGUCAUGUCGGUUGUUGGCGUGGAUGUUGGCGGACGAAAAGACGGUGUAAACUAUGAUUGCGACCGACCGGACUCCGUGGAUAGAUUGGAAAUCGGAGGCUCGGCCGGGCUUGAUUCAUCGAGCAUGGACAAAUCGAGCACGAUCUGCGGCAAAAGCAUGGAACCGGGACCGGAGCAGGGCAUUUUUUGCGGUACCAGCACGGCACGAUUAAUUUCCAGCGGAAGGCACGCCAACCAGGCUCUGAUCGCAGUCCGGGUGGCCGAGGAAAACGAUAUCACUCUGGCGACGGUGCUGUGUGACAUGAGACGGAAGAAGAAGAAAUGAGUCGUUUCGGGGUCAAUAAGAUCACCAUCCAUGACAUAUUUGUAAAAUAUUUAAAGUUGUAGAUUACAUAUUUUCAUUUUUAUUUGUUUAUCCUUAAAAUGAGCAUUAUGAGAUCCAAAACUCUGAAAAAUGGGAACGGCAAUUCUGAUGGGAAUGCACUCCAAUGUAGUCAUAUGCCUAAUGCUAUUUUCGAUCACGAACAAAGUAUUGUUUCGGAUGAAGAGAAAGGGAAAAGAGCUAAAAAUUAAAAACAUAAAAAAAAAACAAGAGCCGAUAUUUAUUUGAAGCACAAUAUAAAGUCACACACAUCUCAAAAGUAGAGCUAAAUACUAACUGCAAACAGAAUAGAAUCCUAAA